UGUUGGGCUGAUUUCACCGCAGUGGUCUAAAGAGCCUGUCAACCUCAAAUUGAGAAAAUGCUUGUUCUCAGGUCUUUGCCAUGUCUCUUUCUUUCUCUCUCUACUAGAGUGAAACAUCGGCCUGCAGCACAUCUCCAGAGGUUGCUGUGGGAUAAUGCUAAAGCCCGUCCUGAGGUGUGGCUCCUGCCCUUGGCCUCAUCCCAAGUCUGUGUGGUGCGACAGUCCUGCACUCAGAACACCCCCCACGCCGCUCCCCGACAGCCAAUACUGAUGACUCAUCAGGAAAAAGUGCGAUGUGAUGCAGCUUCAUGAAGAACACCGACUUUUACAGCGCUCAUAUGCAUUUUGUGGCAUGCACCAUAACAUGUCUUCGGUAACCUUUUUUUCUUUCUUUUUUUUUAGAUGCACUGUAUGUUUGAGAAGAAUGCAGAAUGUCAGCUGAUUUUGAGUCUGCAAAGGAUUCUGCAUCAAGGAGGGUCAUCAGGGAUGAGUGGCCACGAAAGCAAAGACAGUGAAUGACUGAGCUCUCUCCUGGGACUCUGUCUUUUUGCUCGGGGUUGCAGGUUUCCCCCUCUACCACCGCCCCUGCGUCAGAUGAUGCUCGCGGUCUCAGCCUAUAAAAGAUGCCGGUGUGCCAUCCCGACUGGAACUCUCUCUCUCUUUCUCUGUCUUCCCACAUCCACACACUUCACUCACUCGGUCUGUGAUCUCGACCAUUUCAGCAUGAGUUAUUCCGGCGACAUGUACACGAGCAGCUCAUACAGGAAGAUUUUUGGAGAUGCGCCACGGCGCGUCCCCGUGGGCAGCAGCCCGUCCCGGGUGACGGUGAGUUACCGCUCCGGACCCCAGCAGCAGCACCGCACCUACGGCUCCCCAUCCCCCAUGAUUACCUCCUCAAGUUACCGGACCAAACUCGCAUCCGGCCGCGGCGGCGGCUUCCAGCCCAUGCCGGACACCGUGGACCUGACGCAGACCACCGCCAUCACCAAUGAGCUGAAGAUCAUCCGCACCAACGAGAAGGAGCAGCUGCAGGGCCUGAACGACCGGUUCGUGACGUUCAUCGAGAAGGUGCACAACCUCGAGCAGCACAACAAAGUUCUGGAGGCGGAGGUCGCGCUGCUGCGCCAGCGCCACAACGAGCCGUCGCGCCUGCACGACCUCUACGAGCAGGAGAUCCGCGAGAUGCGCGCACGAGUCGAGGAGCUGACGCACGAGAAGAGCCAGAUGCACCUGGACUGCAUGCAGAUGAACGAAGCUUUGGAGCGCGUCAAGGAGAAGCUGGACGAGGAGACCCGACUGCGGGAGGAGGCCGAGAACAGCCUGAAGGGAUACCGCAAGGACGUGGACGACGCUACCCUGUCCCGCCUGGAGCUCGAGAAGAAAGUUGAGUCCCUGCUGGAUGAGAUCGCGUUCCUCAGGAAAGUGCACGAGGAGGAGCUGCAGGAGUUACAGGCGUCGCUUCAGGCCACCCAGGUGUCUGUUGAGAUGGACGUCAGUAAGCCUGACCUUGCUGUGGCCCUGAAGGACAUUCGUGCUCAGUACGAGUCUCUCUCUGCCCGGAACCAGCAGCAGUCAGAGGAUUGGUACCACUCCAAGUUCACCACUGUGACGGAGGCAGCGGCGCGCAACAACGACGCUCUGAAGCAGACCAAGGAUGAGCUGUUUGAGUACCGCCGACAGCUGCAGGGCCGCACGCUGGAGAUCGAGGCCUUGAGAGCCCAUAACGAGGCCUUAGAGAGACAGCUAGCGGAGAUGGAGGACCGCCACAACAACGAGAUCGGCGAGCUACAGGACACUAUUCAGCAGCUGGAAUCUGCUCUGAGGAGCACAAAAGGUGAGAUGUCCCGCCACCUGCGUGAAUACCAGGACCUGCUGAAUGUCAAGAUGGCACUGGACAUUGAGAUCGCAGCCUACCGGAAGUUGCUGGAAGGUGAGGAAUGCCGUCUGAGCUCUGUGGGCGGAGCCAUGCUGCAGUCUGCCUACUCUUAUCCAUCGAGCCGCACUUAUGCCCUAAGCGCUUACAGAAAGGUUGAAGCCAAACCUGAGACAGAGGAAGAGGAAGAGCAAGAAGAGGAGGAGGAGAAGGAAGAAGAAGAAGAAGGAGAGGAGGAGGAGGGAGGAGAGGAAGGAGAGGAGGCAGAGGAAGGAGAAGAACAGGAAGAAGGAGGUGAGGAGGAAGAGGAGGAGGAAGAACAGGAGGAUGAGAAGGAAAAGGAAAAAGUAGAUGAGAAGAAGGAAAAGGAAGAAAAGAAGAGCCCAAAGGAACAGAAAGAGAAUGAGAAGGAGAAAGAGAAAGAAAAAGAAAAGGAGAAAGAGAAGGAAAAGGAGAAGAAGAGCGAUAGCAAGAGUGAAAAGGGGGACAAUAACAAGGGCGAAAAGGCCGCUGCGGUCAAGAGCAAGUAAAGCUGCGUACCAUCACCGAUCCUGCCACUGCUGUACUUCACUCACUCACACAUCCGUCUGGACCCCUCCGUGUCCUCCUUACCUCUCUGUCCCUCUGCCAAAUUCACCACCACCAAACAAACAUCAUCCACUCAUCUUCACUUUCAUUUCACUAGGUAUGGCUGAUUUCAUCUACUGAUGUAUCAGGAUCUCUGCGGGAAAGCAACAAGUCGGUAAUGAAGGUACUAAAAUGGAAGGCUGGCUAGUUUUCUGUAUAGCACUCAAGAGAUUAAACAGCGUCUAUGCAGAGAGUAUUUGAAGUAGUUCAGCCAAAAAUGGCAAUUUUGUCAUAAUUUACUUUCUUUCAAAAGGAGAUAUUAGGCAGAAUGUUGGAGUUUGUGUUUUUUAAUACAACAGAAGUGGAUGCUGAGUAAACUUCCAAGCUCCAUAAAGACAAAUAAGCAGCAUCUACGGAUCAUAAUUAUUGUUCAUGCAAUUUGUGCAAGUCUUCUGAAGUUGUAUGAUUUGUGUGACAGAACGUCUGAAAUAUAAAUCAUUUUUCACUUAUAAUCUUCAUAUCUCCCUUGCGCUCAAAACGUAAAGUGAUUGUUCACCCAGAAAUUAAAAUAUUGUCAUCAUUUAGUCUCAUUUACUCAUGUCAUUCUAAAACCAUUAGACUUUGGUCAAUCCAGGUAACUAAAACUUAAAAGAUCCAGAAAAGCUUAUAACGGUUUUUUGUUUUGGGUGGGGGUUGGCAGUAAAAACCACUUCAUGCACUUCUAUUGUAUGGAAAAUAAGAACUUUACGUUUAAGCCAGUCUUUGUGUUUCACUAAAGAGAAGACAAUAAUAUGGGAUCAGAAUGACAUUAGGGAGUGUAAAUGAUGGCAAAAUGUUACUUUUUCACAUCAAGACAGCAAAGACCCCAGUCCCACCUGGUGUUCACGUGCCAUUAUUGCCAGUAGUGCAAAUGACAGCACAAGGGAAGGUGAUGCCAUGCAAUCCAAAUGCACAGGCAAUCGGUGCAAAACAGACCAAGUGUGCAGGUUCCAACCUCUCGGUGCUAUUUGAUUUUAAAAAUAAAUGAGUUUGGACUUGGAAGAGGUAAUUACUCAUAGAGCAAAAGCAUAUCCAUUAUAUAGAGCUUCACUUGAGUCCUGAAUGUAUGUCACGAGCCAAGCACAGGGACAUGCACCUCUCCUAAUUUUCCAGCAAUUUAAGGGCAUCUAUACCCACAUGAAUGAAAGUGUCCAAGUUCAUUUAAUUAAGUUCACUCAUAGGUUAAAGAAUGUUUCAUUUACAUUGUCAUGCAAAGCAUCCAUCAUUUUUGAACAUUAAUGUAUGCAUCCGUCCAUCCAUUUAUGGUUUCCUUAAUUGCACUGGUCACAGCACGGCAAACGUGGCGGCAUGGAGUUCAACGAGGUUGAUGAGAUAAAAGAUUAAAUAUUUAUGGAUUUCUUGGGGAGGGUUUCAGCAUUUAGAUUUGGGAGAGAAGAGUGCAUUGUGCAUCUGUAGUGUGGGAAAAUCCUUCUGCAAUUUAGAUUCUGACGCUUUAGAGACGAUUGCUGCUAAAUAUCCCUCUUUUCCUUCCUGUGUUCAAAAAUGACCUCCUCUUGAUUGAUUCAUUCUUGCUGGAGCAGAUCUCUAUAUUUCUGAAGUAAAUCUUCCUCUCCAUCCUCUUUAUGUAUUUCCCUUAUUCUCUCUUUCUCAGUGUCUUUUUCCAGCUUUCUCUUUCUAAUCCGUGGCAUGACUUCCUUCUGAAAGAUGGAUAAGUUUCCUGUGUUUAGCCCUUUUUUGUGUGUUUCUGCUCACAAAAGGGUGAAUUUUGUUAUAUGCCCUGGCCACUAAUGAAAUCAGAA